UCGCCGUGCUGAGUAGAACGCGCGGCUGUUUGUUUUUUAAUUCAUCCGACAGGCAAAAUUGAUUGCUUGCUUUUGUUGGCUGUGUGCGCGCGACCCGGCGAUCAAAGUCGAUUUUUUGGAUCGCGUGAAUGUGUGUGUGUACGAGUGUGAGUACGACUGAUUAACACACUUUUUCAUUCAGAAUCCGUUAGCGUUCUGAAAAGUUUUUGGUGAAAAUUGAAGAAAGUUCUUUUUUCCGAGCAGAAUAAUUUCCUUCCGUGCCUGCUGCGUGUGCGCGCGCCUUUCGGUGUGUGUGCGGAGCAGGUGUGUGUGCAAGAGUGUUGGUGUGAGUCGCGACGGCCAGAAAAUAAAAAGGCAAGAAAUUUUUGAUGGUGAUUUUUGAAGAGAAUUCCUUCUUCUGUUUUUAUUUAGAGAAAAAGUGAAAGAAAGUGCUUUUAAUUACGGGUAAAUUUUUAGCAAUCGAAGCAAACCAAGUGCGAGUGCGUGCGAAAUUUUACUGAAAAGAAUCUAGAGAGGAAAACAAGAGUGUUUUAAAUUUAAUCGAAGGAGCCGCGUGAAAACCUGACUUCGAGUUAUUAUUCGGAGGGUGUGUCUCUGUGUGUGAGUCCGGUGGUCCGGGGGCCAUUUCAGGGUUACCAGCCGGUCCGUAAUCGACUGCUUUCGGCCGCAAACCUGCCGAGAUAGUGAAAAAUACCAAAAAGUCCUUGAUAAGUUUGUGCCAAAGUUUUAAAAGGACUCCACCCCGAAAAUCAAAAAAAGGUUCCCAACCUCCCAGAUGAGCGGCUAGAAUAUGGCCGUGGCUUGUCUAAAGACCGGCAGCAACCAGUUCUAUUCGUCCUCGUCGUCAAACGCGGGGUCGAUUCUGUCCGGAACGUCGUCCUCCUCGGUAACGAUCGGCGGGGGAAGUGGGGCCAGCAGUAUGAACAGUACCGGAGGGGGAGCAAUCGGGGGUCACCUGCAGAGCCAGCUGACCCGGUCGCUGGAGCGCAUCCUCGAGGAUGCGAACCUCAGCGGCGAGCUGAAGCUCAGUGGGCGCAAGCUGAAGGACUUCCCGAAGGCGGCCGGAAAGUUCAACCUGAGCGAUACGGUUAUUGCAGAUCUGUCCCGCAAUCGGUUCUGCGAACUGCCCGAGGACAUCACAUCGCUGGCCUUCCUGGAGCGGCUACUCGUCUUUCACAACACGAUCCGGUCGAUUCCGGACACCAUCCGCGGACUGCACUCACUCACCUACCUAGACCUAAGGAACAACCAGCUGGCGGUGCUGCCGCGGGAGAUUUGCUUUCUGCCGCUGCAGGUGCUGCUGCUGUCCAACAACAGGCUCGUGACGCUCCCGGACGAGCUCGGCCGGAUGGAGGAGCUGACCGAGCUGGACGCGGCGUGCAACCAAAUCACCCAUCUUCCUCCCCGGAUGGGCGACCUGCGCAAUCUGCGGUCGCUCACGCUGCGCAACAACCAGCUGGUCUACCUGCCGCGCGAUCUCACCUGUCUGCAGCUGGUGUUUCUGGACGUCAGCUCGAACCGGAUCGCGACGCUGCCGGUGGAGCUGCGGCUGAUGAGCUCGCUGGUUGACCUGGAGCUGGGCAACAACCCGCUGACGUCGCCGCCGGCUAGCCUCUGCGUACGCGGGCUCGUACACGUCUUCAAGUACCUCGAGACGGCCGCUGCCCGGGAGGAAAAAUCCAAAACCGGCCUCGACGGGCACGCCACCCUGCGGCGGUCGGCGCUCUCCUCGAAAAACUCUUCCGGCAGUCUGCUGGACGGUACCAGCCGGAACCGGCGAGCGCACGUCGACUCCGGGUACAGCACCAGCGACGGCGGCGGAUUCGAGGGUAAGCGAUGGUCGCAGGACGACCCGCACGACGGCACCAACUCACCCAAGUGGUCACCCAUCCCGAUGCACACUGGCUUUGCCGGUAAACCGCCAGCCGGUGGUCACGCGGUUCUUCCCGCGGCCACGGGCGCUAAUCCGUUGUUGUUGUUAUCCGCUGCAGGGUCUAGGCCGGAGUUGUUGGAUUCAAACGGGCGCGAGGGAACGCUCGAGGAGGAGUUCAAGAAGGGAAUGGCGCUGCAGGAGCAGAGGAACAAGGCUAACGACAUUUCCCCCGAGGGCGGUGAUCUCACGCCGGACAGUAUGAAGGCUGACGACAAGAUGCGAUCGCUGGGAAAUAUUCAAACUUACAGGGAAUACAAAGAAGCACUUCGUCAGCAGCGCAACCAAACCGACAUCUACCGGCCCAAAGAAGCACUGCCCCAGACGCCGGACAGUGGCGGGUCGACGGCGGAGUCUCCGCUGAGUAAUUUCUCCCCGUACAGCAGUAAAUCCGCAGCGACCACCCCGUCACCGUCGGUGUUCACCAGCAGCAACCAAAGUUCUCCCCUGUCUCCGCACCACGCCAACAUCGCCAAGCUGAACCAAAUGAACGCCGCCAACGGGAACAACGGGUUCAACCCGCCCGUCAACUCUAGUCCCCUGAUGUCGCCCAACCGGAACGUCAUGUUCGAAGACGGGACGGCGACCACGACCAGCACCUCCAGCGCCAGCUCGACCCCGAACAAGCGGCCCGUCCAGAAGGUCAUCCCGUCGCGCAACAUUACCUCCACAUAUCAAUCGCCGACGCACCUCAACGGAAAUCACCUCUCGACCAACGGCGGCGCUUCCCCGGCGGCCAACGGGGGGAAAAUCCCCGUCGCGAACGGUGGAACCCCCGUCAAGACGGCCCUCACCAACAGCAGCUGCUCGGUGGACUACGCGUACGUGAAACCAAACAGCCCGUGCAAGGCGUCCAGCGGCAUCCUGUCGCACAACAGUGUUCCUUCGUCGAUUCCGAAACCGACGGCCAACGGCGCGCACUCACCGAGCAACGGCAACCAGAAGCCGCUGACGGCCACCGUCGGGUACGUGAACAACGCCAAACCGGGACAGAAAACAAACAAAACUGUCUCCUGGAACCGGGACGUGCCAACGGACAAGCUGAGCUUUACGAUGCGGCGGGAGUUUGACAAGCAGAAGGAGGAAACCGAAUUGAUCGAACAGCUUCGACAGAUUAUCGAAACUCGUUUGAAGAUGACGCUUCCGGAGGACAUUGCGCCGGCGCUGACCGACGGCGUCGUGUUGUGCCACCUGGCGAACCACGUGCGACCGCGCUCGGUUGGAAGCAUCCACGUGCCGUCACCGGCUGUGCCAAAACUAACGAUGGCCCGCUGCCGGCGAAACGUGGACAACUUCCUGGACGCGUGCCGUCGAAUCGGAGUCGAUGAGGAGUUGAUAUGCUCCUGUCAGGACAUCGUCCCGGCGCCAUCCGCACCACUUCCGGCCGCCGCAGCCGCCGGGGACUGGGAGCACCAGAACCAGCAGCAAGCGUCGGAACCGGACUCGGUAGAACCUCCGAACCCCGCGGCCAUGUACGGUACGAUUGUGGCACUGCUGCGCGCUGCCGAGUUGUGGAACGUCCCCGCGGUCGUCCACCAGUUGGCCCGACCUUCCGGUCCCCCUCCGCCUCCGCCACCCCGGUCCCACACCACUACACUCACUGCAGCCAACACCAAUACCACAACAACAACAGAGCUAGUCCAACAAGUAGAACAUUGUGACGCCGAAUCUCAACAGCCCAAGAAGCUGCUCGAGUACCACUUUGACCUGCAGCCGCAGGCUGAGGAAGACAGACCAGAACGGCACGUGCCGGGUUCACUGGACUUGAGUUCCUCGGGGAGGGGAACCGUUUCGCGUCGGAAGCGUAAAUUUCCGGCUUCCAAGUUUGGCGGUGGCGGAGGCACCGACGGCAAGCGAUUCGAUCAAUCCGGGCGUAACCUGAACGAAAUCGUCGAAGAGGAGUGCGAGUACGACAGCGACAUUGGCAAGUUUCGGUGCCGCAGCACCAGCGACUACGAGGACUCGGAAUCGUCGGUGAACGACGAGGACUCGGCGACGGCCUUUACGCCGACCAACGCUCCGAUCAACGAUUUGAACACGAUGAGUCCGGUGGCGGCGGCGGUGACGACCUCGGUGGUGGACUUUAACAUUAACGCGGCGGAAGAGGACGGGGAGGCUGGCGGCCGGAAGAUUGUCAGCAAGCGGAUCGAGUUCUUUGAGAAUGGCGGAGGAGGGGACAAGAUUGUCAACGGUGGUGCCCAGCUGAGACGGAGCGUUAGCGAGGAGGACAAUGCCGUGAAGGCGUGGGAGCCGCGCAAAUCGGAGCAUCCGGUUCUGUCGACCAUUCUGUGCCUGGGGACGUUCCUGUUUGCCGUGGUGUAUCUGUACUUGUACCCGCUGCCCAAUUACUAGGCGGGGGCAAUUUUUGUUGAUUUUUGAGCAGAGAUUUUUUUUUCUUAUUUUUUUUUUGUUACAUUCUGUUGGCGAGAACAGAACGAAGAUUUCCCAGAUUUUAAUUUCAGUACAAUUUAUUGUGUUUAAGCGUGUACUUAACGCGCAGGAAAACGGUUCUGAAAUGUUUCACUCUUCAGCCGUUUAACGGAUUCGCCGCUGUCAAAUGUGGCGUAAUUUUCCAACGAAAGCUGUUUCCGAAACAUUUCAAGUGUCUUAUAGCGGAAAUGUUUCACUUUCCACGCGUUAAAAAUUAACCGUUUAACGGAUUCAUAGCUGUCAAAAGUGGCGUUAUUUCCCUGCGGGAAAACACGCUAAUACCAAGCGGCCAACUUUUGUUUACAUUUUAGUUUAAGAAUCGUCUUUCUGUGCGCAAACUAUUUUAUAAUUUUAGUAUUAAAACACACACACUCUGUAAUUUUUGUUGUUGUUUCGAAGGAAUGUGAAUUGAUUUACUUACGUGCGUGAAAAGUUACGCGUUAUUAUUGUGAGAUUGUGCGAGGAAUGUUUGAGAGCUAUAUAAAAAAGAUGCAUUUUCCCACCCACCCCCAAAAACGAUUUUUCAUUCCUUUCACCGUCAAAAGAACUGUUAAAAUCGUCAUGUUUCACCCUUCUUUUCCCCCGUAGUAGAAAAUCGGCAUUCCCCAAAUCGCAAGCGGUAAGUGAUGCAAAAUUUUCCAAACAUUGCCAGUUUUGAUGCAACAUUCCAUUUCACUUUCCCGAAAAAAAUAAUAAAUUGCACUUUUUUUUAAGAAAAAAAGUAAAUCAUUUCACGGCACUCGAGUUCAUCUCAUAUCUCGCGAGGUUUUCAGUUUUCUCCUGCUUUUGAGUGUGUGAAUUUAGUUUCGUUUCGUUCAUAAGCUUUUACUUUAGGAUUAUUUAUUAUCGAAAAUCAUACAAUUUUGAAAACUAAAUAAAUUAGGUCGUAGAUUAGGCAAAAUUUGCAAAAAAAAAGUAUAAUCAAAAUUUAAAAAAGUUACUAAAACAACGCUAUUAAUGUGCGAGCAAACCAGUGAACAAUCACGCAACAUACGAACGAGAAGUAAUUUUACAUGCAACACCACGUACAUUUACGUCACAGACACAUAAGCACACUCAUACGAAAAAUGUCUUACAAAACAAAGCAAAAACAACCAACUUGAAGGGAAAGCAGUUGCCUUAUUUUAAUAACUAAUGAACCUUGCGAAGCAAGGCAGCAACCCAAAUCUGCGUGUGUAAAACUAGAUAGAAAUGACACGUUAUUUUCCUACUCACACUUUUCCCCGGGAAAACUACUCUCCCACGCAGCUGCGAGUGAAUCUCUCUAUUUUUUGAAAAAAGAUUUAACUACACGAAUCUCUCUAACUUUUGGUCUAGUCAGCAAGAAAGAAAGAGUACUUAUUUUUAUUUCCCUGAGCCCAAGUGCGUAUAUUUUAUUUUAUGACUUUAUUUACACUUUUACUUUUACUCGCGCGUUUACAUGGAAAAUGAAGUAAGAUUUCAUAAGACGAAAAAAAAACUGUAUUAAAUUUACCAAAAACCACACAAUUACAACUACAAAAAAACGACUUAAGUUCAAAGAAAUAGUGCGUAAUCUCGAUGGCUUCAACGUAUAUUUUUAUUGUUUUAAAGUUUUACAAUUUUACACUUUCACCCAUAAUUUUACACCCACGUAAUUUUACGUCAUUUUUACCAAAACGAGAUCUCCCAGGAACAAACUGACUAUCGGUAGCUUUAGAAUUCAUAAAAAACACACACACAAAACAAAAACUCAUUCCACACACACGCACGAACACAUGGCGGCAAGUUUUGCACAGUGAAAAAAAGGCGAAACACUUUGUGUUGAUUCCAGUGAAAAGUAUUGUACUUAUUACUUAAAACCACGAGCAUGAGUAUUUAUCAUUAAAAUCAUCAAAAAAUGCCACACUAUAUUUAUUCACCAUUUGCGACGCAUAUUAUCCUAUGUAAGCUGGUUAGGUUUUAGCUUACACUAUUUAGCAACUACUUAAAAAAAUACACACACAUAAACACACUCCUUUAGGGUAUGAAAUUUGAGCACGCUAAAAAGUGGCUAGGUUAGUUGUUGGGCUGAUUGUACGCAGCAUUGUAGGAAUGAAAAAUUAAUAAAACCAUGCAUGGAUUACACAACACACACACAGUGAAAAGAAUUAGAGCUUUUAGUUUAGUUCAAGCCUUCUAGCAGCAAGAGUGCUCUCCUAUCGAACGUUAAUCACACUCGUUUUAAGCAGACUGAAAUCACAGAAACACACACGGAGGUUGUGGUGACUCCGACUAUCAAGUUCCACUUUUUAUUUGAAAAAUCUGUUGAAGGAAACCAGCAAAAACGCUUUAAUCAUACUUAUGCAGCAUUUUGAGAAGCAACCACAAAUGACGUAUCAUUUUUCCAUGGAUUUUUGAACUCCCUUCCUCGUCAAAGCAUUUCCGCAUACAAAACUAUGUAAUUUUAUAAGCCUUAUCACUAACCUCUAGAUCCCCGUCCCUUCCCACCUAAAAUGCUACGUUAUCUGUGGAUGGCGCUUUAUUCAAGAUGAGUUUAUUACAGUUUUGAAAAUUGUGUUUCACAAAUAAGUCGAUCCAACAAA